AUGGAUCGAGCACGCGAAUCACUCUUCACCCCCGAGAUCGACGUCCUUGAGCUACCCCUAAAGUUCAAGAUGCCGACUUGGAAGAUAUACGCAGGAAAAGAAGAUCCCUUGUCACAUCUUAAAUAUUUUGAGAUGCAAAUGGAUCUGCAAGGAGUACUGGGUGAUGUGCGGUGUAGGGUAUUCCCUGCCACACUUACAGAAUUCGCACAACAUGAAGACCUGGUCGAAGUAAAACAAAGACCAGGAGAGCCCCUCAGAGCCUACAUAAGCAAGUUCAUGACAGAGGCUACAAAAGUCGCAAGAUUAACUGAAGAGGGGAGGCUGACCGCUAUUUUAGGAGGCAUCGAGGUACUCGGAGAACUGUGGAAGGACAUUAAAAGAUGUGGUCCUAUGUGGUCUAUGGUAGAGUUUCUAGACCGAGCAGAUGGGUUUAUCAAGCUCGAAGAGGCUCGCCAGCGAGCAGACAUCGAGCCUAAGCCGGGCCAACUACCAGAUGUCCCCUCGGUAGGAGCACCUACUCAAAGCCCACAAUACCCUAGCAGCUUAACUCCGAGCGAAAAAAGGUCCAAUAACAAUGGCAAGCAAGACAACGAGGAAAAGGGAAAGUUCACUGGCAAAGUCGAACACACCCCUAGAGAAAAUGCCUCCAAGUUCACUGCCUUCUCUGUCCUAACUGACGACCUAGAGACGAUCUACGCUACAACCCAGUCUAUGGUCCCGUACAAAAAACCUACUCCCAUGAAGAAUGACGUAAGUAAGAGAGACACGUCCAAGUUCUGCCAUUUUCAUGCAGACUACGACCACGACACGAAUGACUGUAACAAUCUGAAGCGAGAAAUUGAAUUCUUGAUCAGAAAAAAUAACCUUCAUGUGCAAAAAUACAUCAAGGCCGAUCAUAAUCAACGGGCCGCCGAAGCAGACAAUAAUCAAGAUCUAAUAAUGCCUUCACAAGUGGACGGGUAUUUGCAAGUCAUUAUUGGGGGCCCACACCUAGCUGGAGACUCAGGCAAAGCUCAAGAGAGGUAUGCCCGAACCUUACAGCACGAGCAAAAGGAAGUAGUCUUGGCCGUAGAGGAGAGAAAGCAAAAAAUACCACGGGUAGGAGAACCCACUAUAACCUUCACUGAAGCAGAUGAUGUCCACAUUUGCUUCCCGCACAACGAUCCCUUAGUCGUGGAAGUAGAGAUAGCAAAUAAAACAGUGGCUCGGACCAUGAUAGAUAAUGGAGCUUCUUCAAAUAUCCUAUUCAAGACACCAUAUCAGAAGAUGGGACUCCAAAAGAUUUGA